UGGACUCCUAGCAACAAGCUGCUGCUAAGGGCCAAGGUAAUUCGGCUCUGCAAUGGCUGACGACGGCCUGGAGCAGCUCCUGGACGAGGUGGAGAACAAGUACUGUCACCCGGGGCCUAAAGGAGCUGCGAGCAGAGCGCCCGAGGCUGGCAGGAAGGAGGGUAAAAGGUCUAAAAAUCCAAUAGCGAUUGCAUCCGUGGAUGAUGAAAACGUGGAUGAUUUGAUUGAAGAUAUCCUUGAUGUUCGCUUCUAUGAAGACAACAGGAAACAAAAUGCAAAAUCCACAAGACAACAAUCCUGCAAAACAUCCAGAGAACAUCCCAGGAAAAAAUGCUGUCCAGUCUACCUUGGUGGAAAUGCGAUUCCCUUUGGCAGGGGGACCAGUGUUUCUGAACGAGCCUGUAACCAGCUGCGCUGUACCACCUGCGAUUUUAACAUUGUGACAUUUGAAGACUACAAAUGGGAUGCAUCCUGCGACUACCUCUUCUUCAGGAACAGUAUGCCAGAGCACAGCAAACUACAGACCAAGAUGAUAAGGAAGAAGGGAGCACGAGCCUAUGCCUGCCAGUGCAGCUGGAGGUCUGUCCAGCAACUAACUGAUCUCUCCGCAAAGCAGCAGCUGCGGUGGGUUUGCGGGAAGCAUUCAGACUGAAGGCCGGCUGUACCAUACUAGCGACUGAAUGUUUUACUGUAAUGAUGCAUGAGGAGGUAAGGAGAGCAUUCGGUAUUAUACAUUCCUCUGUAGAGGGGUCUGUAACUCAGGACAACGCCUCCAUGGACUCCAAUGGGCUACACGGAUAUGGAAGAGAACUAGCAAGGUUGACUACAAAGAGUGUCUCUCACCUUCAAGGAUGUCCUUUGCAUUUCUCCUGCAGUCAUGACAGCUGAAUGCUGGGAGGCCGGCAGCCUUAGUGGUUGUACUGGGUGUUAACAUGACAUGUUGUAAGUCUGAAGCGAAAGGAUUAGUAUAAACUCCCUUUUCUUUAGAAGAAACUGAAAGAGUUGUCAGCGCUUCAUAGGAAACUGAACAAAGCGUUCCUAAAUAUGGCACCAGCCGUACGUCUGCCUGUAUAUGGGCUAUAUUUCUGCCAAGCAUCUAUUAUCACCGAUCACCCAUAUGGCUGUAUCUCACAUACAGUGGUGGGACAGCUGAUUAGUAGGAAAAUAGAACAUGAAGCUAAGAAAUGAAUGACAUAUCUGAAGCUUCAUGUACUUUCCAGUUCUAUGGUGCAGAUUCACUUCUUUGGCGCCCUGCGGUGUUUAUGUACGCCUCCGAUUUCACAUAGAUGAUUCGUUCUGAAUCUGACAGAUAAAGAGAUUGUGCCCUGCUCCAUAGUCUACCAUAUUAUGGAGGUUUUCUCCCCUUGAGGCAUUGCUUGUAGGGGGGGAUGAUCUCACGGAGCGCCAAUACUGCAGCACACGGAGCGCCUAUGGAUCCAUCCUGCAGAACCAAAAGGAAUUGUUCUGCUGCCGUUUAGCCUUUCCGCACAUGGCUACGCUGUGUGUAUGAGACUUCAGGCUCUGUUCACAUCAAGUUUAGAGCCUGUAUUUGGCUCCCAGGUAUAUGGGGUAAAUCACACCUUUCCAUCGGAGGUAUAAAUUUGGAAUCCCGACUUAUUCCUCCAACGUUGGCUCUAAACGUGAUACGAACAGAGCAUUAAUAGGGUUGUCCCAUCUCGGCAUUUCAUAGCUAAGAUGAGAAUAACCACAGCAAAUGCCGUCCGGGGGCGGCUGGAAUUACAAAAACAUCUGAGCUGAGCUGAUUCUGUAGCUCCCAUAGCAGUAAAUGGGAGCUACGCCGGUUCUGUAACUCGGGAAUUACGGAAACGUCAUAGCUUGCUGUGCAAUGCUGUUUGCAGAGCUCCCAUUUACUAUGAAAACAGCAGAGCACUAGCCGUGCGGCCAUUUCCAUAUCUCCACCUUGCUGUGGUUAUUCCCAUCUCAGUCCUUUUACGGUGGCCAUAAGCAUUUGGAUGAAUGAUGGCCAGUUUGGCCCAUAUUUGCCAACCAUCUAGUGUGUACGGUGGUGUCCGAGCUCUCCCCUAAUGGCAGAUGUUGGGAGAAAGAAGGGUCAGGAUUUCAGCAAGGUGAUCCUUUUUUAUCUCAAGGAUGAUACGCUGCUGCAAGUGGAGCCUCCCCCCCCUCACUAUUUAUAACACAUGCAUACUCUGCUCACGUCUUCUGGGGGUUGUGAAGAAUAGCUGUUGGGUGUUGGCUAUGUAACGUCACCAUUGGGCAUACAAUCAAAGUGUCUUAUGACUUGGAAAGUAUCCAUUCUCCUUAUGGGCGUCCCGAGCAGGAUUCUCACAAAAUCUGUUAAUAACAGCAAAACCAUUAGUACCAGUGAGUUUUGUGCAGGAAUUUUUAGCCGCACUAGUAAUUCCUUUACCUCUAUCAUUGCUCAUUAAAUUUCUCGCUGUAAUUCUGAUCUUUUUAUGAAAGGAAUGAGAGAGGCUGAAUAUUUUCUGAUCUCUAAUGGACACAAUCAUAUAUAUAUACAGGUGAAACUCGAAAAAUUAGAAUAUCGUUCAAAAGUUCAUUGAUUUCAGUAAUGCAACUUAAAGAGGACCUUUCAUUGGUCCAAACAUUGUAAGAUAACUAUCAGGCU